AUGCGUCACGACGUUAGUCGAAUCCCCACGCUCCAGUGAUUCAUGAGAAUCAUUCGCUUCCACUUUGUUUGGAAAGUGCAAGUUUUUCUCGUCCACCACCAUUCGUGGAAUUGUGUAUGUGUGUUUUUUAUUACAUAUGAUGGGAAUCGUUUCGGGGAAUGCUGCUCAGAGCAGGGCCAUUAGAUGGAUCUUCUGGUGCUUGGAGAGCGUGAUAGAGUUUCGGAGUUGUUUUAGAGAUGGGCUUCGAGUGGGAUAUCAUGUACAAGGUUUUUGAGGUUUCUGGAUUCGUUGCUGCAGUGUAGGAUCGUUUGAAGAGGUGGUUGUGAGUUGGGAGGAGUUCACAAUUGUGUUGUGAGGAUCGGGUGUGCUGUUGGUUUUUUUUUGAUUGUGGGUCUUAUCGUGUUUUUUUUUUCCCCUUUUUUUGUAUAUUUGUUUAUUUUUUUGUUUGUGUUUUUUUGUUUUUUUGAGGGUGGGUUUAUUUUGGAGUUUUGGGAUCGCCUCCGCAGAGUUGUGUUUUUAUGCCAGACUACCAGCCUUACCCUUCGCUAGCCAUGCGGAGGCAGCCGAGGCCGUUGUCGGAUGAGGAGGCCAGGCGGACUCGCACUAUUCGGUCCGACUUGGAGCCUGCGCCUCAGCCGCGGCCCGCCUUCACGUAUCUCGCUGUCUUUCUGUUGUGCGGGUUCGUGGCGCUGCAAAUGUACCCCUCCACGCAUUGGCGCCACCCUCAAGACAAACUGAAGAGGUGGAUCCGGCAUGAGAACCCGAAGACUGUCCCAGCCUCUGGGUCAGAUUCCUUCCACAGCAGCUCGGAUGAGGUGCAAGCACAGCAGGCGCAGGACUUAGCCUCGCAAGAGGCUGAUUCCAAUACUCUCGAUGAUGAGAAGCACGACAACAAUACUUUAGCUUUCCUAAAGAAAGCAGGCGAGCAGGUUGUGCACAUCUUUGUGAGCACCGAUGGAACUGACUUUCGGCCUCUCGCUGUGCUCGUGAAUUCCUCCAUCUCCAAUGCUGUGAACCCAGAACGUCUGCAUUUUCAUCUAGUACUGCCCCCAAGCCUUCGCCUCAGAGCAAAACAUUUGGCCGCUUUCUUUCAAAAGACCAAGAUCGAAAUAGUGGGUGACACUAUUGACUUCGAAGACAUGAAGAAACAUAUGACGUUCUGGAAUAACAGUGAGGCAGAACCGGAGCCACAGAGCAUGUACAGCUUCGUUCCUUUUCUAUUGCCUCAAUACUUCAAAGAUGUUGGCAGACUCAUUUACCUCGAUGCUGAUGUAGUAGUUAAGGGUAAUAUCGAGGAGCUAAUGCACAUUGAUCUCGAAAAUAAGGCAAUAGCCGCAGUGGAAGACUGUUCUCAAAAGCUUGAGACUUACUUUGAUUUGGACCGAUUAGCAAAGAUCCAGGCUCGACCUGAGAAGCCUGCUUGGGUUCCGGCUGAGCCCAUCAAUCCCAACGCUUGUGGGCUCAACGAAGGUGUGCUUGUGAUUGAUACCAACCCGUGGAAUAAGCAGCAGGUGACAAAGGCUAUUUUUUGGUGGAUGGACGAGUUUCGAAGCGCUGAUUCAGCACUCUACAAGCACGGGUUUUCGCAACCACUUUUCUUAUUGGCACUCUACGGAAGAUACAAGAAAUUAGACUCACCGUGGAACGUCCGUGGGCUUGGACGCAACGUGUUCAGUGAUCAUGAAAGAGAAUACUUGGAAAGGAAAUAUAACCACAAGCCCGACAGAAAGCCCUUCAUCUCUCUGGAUGCGGAUACUGCAAAGAUUUUGCACUACAAUGGCAAGUUUAAGCCGUGGAAACGGGUCAGGCCAGUUGGAGCAUCCGCAGACGUAGUCUCACGCUGUGGGUCGAAAGGGAUUGAGUGUGCUAAGCUCUGGUGGGAGUAUCUCGACCCUGUUACUGAUGCCAUUCUGAGGAACGACGAUGAUCUUUGAAUUGGCACUCAUAUAUGUCAGUAAUUGUACGACUAAACUUGGCUAAGAGUGUAGAUUAAUUCUGAGCUGAUUUUGUUGUAAGGAAGAUAGUACAUAUUUAGGAAGCCUGGAAUAUCUCGUCAUGGAUUUGUCUGAUGACGCCAGUAGCUUAGCCAUAGCUCCUAACACUUCUCAUUAGUAAAUUUCAUUUAUGGAAGAGGGAUGGUGACGACUUUCGAUUACAUAGGAAGACAUUGUGCGGAUUAUCGAGGGCGUAUUCUGUUUCUUGUGGCACACAGAACACAACUGCAGCUGUGUACCCGAGUCGCGUCAAAUGAGCUCUUCAGAGAGGUUGGCAAUAGAUUUGUAAUGUAGGUGAAAUAUGCAUGACGACUCCAUGCGAGAAUUUGGGUAAACUGUAGAAUAGAAAAACAUGUGCCCCAGCACUGAUUGUACUUGCUGCAGCCUCUGCAUCAGAUAACUGUCUAGAGAGCUGCAUGAAUUUCAGUCGAUACCCUCUGUACUAGGAAAAAAGAUUAAGAACAUGCAAUCAAGUAAAAGAAAUUCAAACUUA